AUGUGCACCGGCGGUGGAGAAGGAAGUCCGGAGUUCGCCCUUCAACGACACCUUUUUCUGGUGAUCAUUCUCGGGCUCAGGAGGAUCCAACAGCAAUUUACAAACGAGAUUUCUCUCAAAUCUCACAAUUGCAACCCAAAGAACUUGGAUCCCGGUCUUCGCGAAUUCAUCCUUUGGCAAGUCGAUUUCUUGACUAUUGCUGGCAAGGAUCGUGAAGGAUCUAAGUGA